ACCGAACAAGGCUUGGCAAGCAGCGGUAGUCACACCCCUCUCUUGUAAUCAAAUGGGUAUUUAGGGUUUUUGACUGACGUUUGCAGCGACUACUACCGAUUCAAGGCUGCCCUAGCAACCCGCUGGAUGAGCCAACCAAAGCGGCGCCAGGCUUGACCCUCUGCGGCUACUGGAGACAUGCCUGUUUGGAGAGAGGAAACGACAGACAUCCGAGAGAGCUGCGGAACAGCGUGGCUGGCGACCCAAAAGCAGGACUAUAAAAAAAUGACGCUUCUGGUACUUUAAAGGCACGGUAGCGUGAAUGAAGGAUUUAUGGAAAGAAGAUUUGAGCAGAGGAACAGGUUCGGCGUGAGCGGCAAGCUUUGAUGUUACAGUGGAUUACACUGCAGAUCUCAAAUCUCGAGUUGGAGGAGAAACGGAAGAAGUGAUCGAACAGUCGUGUACACGGUGUUCCAUGAUGGAACAUAAUCAUUCUUCACCGUGAGGAUGAACCACAGAACCAGCCCCGCCAAGGCUUACGAUUUUCUGCUCAAGUUUCUCCUGGUCGGGGACAGCGAUGUGGGAAAGGGGGAGAUACUUGCGAGCCUCGAGGACGGAGCCAGCGAGUCUCCAUAUGGCUACAACAUGGGAAUCGACUACAAGACGACUACGAUACUCCUAGAUGGAAGAAGAGUCAAGCUGCAGCUCUGGGACACAUCUGGCCAGGGGCGCUUCUGCACCAUCUUCCGCUCCUACUCCAGAGGAGCACAGGGUGUGAUCUUGGUCUAUGACAUCACCAACCGAUGGUCCUUUGAUGGUAUUGACAGAUGGAUAAAGGAGAUAGAUGAGCAUGCACCAGGAGUUCCCAAGAUCCUGGUGGGUAACCGGUUACACCUGGCCUACAAGCGUCAGGUGACCACGGAGCAGGCCCAGCUGUACGCUGAGAGGUUAGGGGUCACCUUCUUCGAGGUCAGCCCGCUGUGUAACUUCAACAUCACAGAGUCCUUCACAGAGCUGGCCAGGAUUGUCCUGAUGAGGCACGGUAUGGAGAGACUCUGGAGACCCAACAAAGUGUUGAGUCUCCAGGACCUGUGCUGUCGUUCCAUCGUGUCUUGCACCCCUGUCCACCUGGUUGACAAGCUUCCUCUCCCCCUGGCCCUCAAGUCCCACCUCAAGUCUUUCUCCAUGGCCAAUGGCCUCAAUGCCCGCAUGAUGCACGGAAGUUCAUACUCUGUCACCACCACCAACACCACCCACAUCGCCACCAAGAGGACCGGAGGCCAGCUGCUAAAAAAUAAAAAAUGUAUCCGCCCUCAGCAGCUCAGCCCGGCGGCCGCACAGAGCUGCACCGGCAACAGCUGCAAGAUCUCCUAGCAACCGGCCGAAACAGGAAUAGGAAGUCCUUGGGACAGUAUGUUGUCAUCAAAGGAACAGGAAAUUGUUGUUUUUCACUACUGCAGCUCAUCGAGGCUCACCAAGAGCCAGCCACAUGAGCUUUAAGGAUGUUUUCAAUGAGGGGUGACCCCUCACAGCCCCCCAUAACCCCACAGACCAGGAAGUGGAAGGAACCUGCCAUGUUCAGAGGCAGUGGAUUGACACUACUGGUCACUAGCAUUGGACCCAAAAGGAAGUUUUGACAACCGAUCGUGUCUGAGCCAUAUGACUGUAUAGUGCGUAAUAUGAUUCCAUGAAUACAGUAUGUCAACAUAGGAACUAUAUAGUACUAUGUGUACACUAUUUGUGGAUGAUCUGUGGUUAUUUUUUGCUCUGUUGCCUCACCCAAUGACACAAAGCAUUCAAAUGAGUUUCACACCUGUGGUCUAAUUUCACAAUGAAAGGAAAGUGGACUGGUAUUAUAAAUGGUAUACUAUAUCGUUGCCUUUUAAACUAAAUGCUGGACAGCCUUUUUAAAAUCUGGCUACUGGUUUUACACACCGUUACUUUUUACAGUAAAAUACUAUUUUUGCCGACAUCGUCUGGAAUUUCAGUUCGGCAAUUCUUUGGAGAAACCAUUUGUAUAAUGAAUUUGUAUGAUAUGUACAGUUAUGACAAUGUUGUUUGAUACUGUUUGUUUGAUGUUGGGUUUGUAGGUGUUUCACAGUGACACAGAUGAUGCUAUUAAGCAAUAAGGCCCUAGGGGGUGUGGUAUAUGGCCAAUAUACCACGGCUAAGGGCUCUUCUUAGGCACGAUGCAAUCCGGCCAUAUAUAACUAACCCCCAAGGUGCCUUACUGCAAUUAUAAACUGUUUACCAAUGUAAUUAGAGCAGUAAAAGUAAAUGUUUUAUCAUACUUUUGAUAUACGGUCUAUAAUAAACUGGGUGGUUCGAGCCCUGAAUGCUGAUUGGCUGAAAGCUGUGGUAUAUCAGACCUUAUACCACAGGUAUGACAAAACAUUUAUUUUUACUGUUCUAAUUACAUUGGUAAGCAGUUUAUAUUAGCAGUAAGGCACCUCCUGGGGUUUGUGGCAUAUGGCCAAUAUACCACUGAUAAGGGUUGUGUCCAGACACUCCGCGUUGUCGUGCUUAAGAACUGCCCUUAGGUAUAUUGGUCAUAUAACACACCUCCACGGGCCUUAUUGCUUAAAUAUACCACAACUUUCAGCCAAUCAGCAUUCAGGGCUGGAACCAGCCAGUUUAUAAUUUCAGAUAGAUAGUGACAACACCAAAGACACAGCAGACGUAGUGAGGACGUCACUGAAUGAACAAGCUGUUUUGUACAGUAAAUAUUACCACUACAAUAAAUUUCACAAACAGGAA